UGAAGCAAAACACCAUCAAACAAAUCCACUGAGCUUCUAUUAGUGCCGGAGCCAAAGUGACCUUUUCCCCCUUUUCCCCCUGGUCCACUCCUGCAGGGUUCGAACCCAGACCUCCUCUCCUGUGCGCUCUCCCCCCACCCACACACACGACCCCCCUCUCUCUCUCUUUAUCCACCGACAACAAGCAGCCAAGACCCCGCAGGAGCAGGGGAUGAGACUGGGACUGAAGUAACAGGCUGCUGCUCUGGAGGAUCCAGGACUAACUUUCCUCUCCUGGCUCGUGCACGGUGAACUGUGACCGCAGCUGUGUGUGUCUGUGAGUGUGUGUGUGUGUGUGUGAGAGGGGGGUUUUGCGCACCGCCUCUCACUUAAUUUCUAAGCAGUGUGUGUGUGUGUGUGUGUGUGUGUGUGUGUGUGUGUGGGUGUGUUUGUGGCACCUCCCCGCUCCUCCAUAGAUCUGGUUGCCCCUUGUACCUUGCAGGCUGCACCAUGCAUUCCUCCUGGCUGCUGUAGUUAGAGCAGGACACCGAGGUUCCUCUCAGCCGACCGCCCUGCGCCUCGCUUCGGACCCCGCACCGCGCGUCAUGCCGCGACACCUGAAGCUCUCCCCGGCUCCUUCCCUGGACCGCGUGGCUCCUUUGUAACUGGAUCUACUUGUUUCCUUUUUGGGAGGAAGAGGGAGGGCAUGCGCUCCUCGUCUCCGGAGAACACUUGCAAAGAGGAGAAGAAAGUGUAGCGAGAGAGAUAGAGAGAGAGAGAUUGAGCAGCAGAGACAGGAGGAGCAGAGAGCGAGCAUCCGAAGAGACUGCAGCCGACUUGUAGAUGUUCGAUCAGGCCACGACGAUGGGCGAUGGGAGCCACCGCUGUGGACCCAACCCGCUGUGUGCGGACCGGAUGGACGCGAAGUGCCGCGCCGAGAUCGGGAGCCGGUCCCCGGUGCAGAGCUCCAACGACACCCCGGGGACCUCCGCGUCCACGCCGACCUCCUCCAGCGAAGACGGACACGACAAACUUUUGGGAGUGGACCCUGACUACUGUCGGAGGAUAUUAGUGAGGGACGCCAAAGGCACCAUCCGGGAGAUCGUCCUUCCCAAAGGCCUCGACCUGGACCGGCCCAAGCGCACUCGGACCUCCUUCACAGCCGAGCAGCUGUACCGGCUCGAGCUCGAGUUCCAGCGGUGCCAGUACGUCGUGGGCCGGGAGCGCACCGAGCUCGCCCGGCAGCUGAAUCUCUCCGAGACCCAGGUCAAAGUGUGGUUCCAAAACCGCCGGACCAAGCAGAAGAAGGACACCACCAAAGAUUCAGACAAACGCUCCUCCUCCACGUCCGAGUCCUUGGCCACCUGCAACAUCCUGCGCCUCCUGGAGCAGGGUCGCCUCCUGGCGGGCCCCGCCCCGCCUCACAACUCCCUGCUGGGGCCUCACAACGGCUCCCUGCUGAGCAGCCCGGGCGGAGGCUCCUCUCCUGGAAUCAGCAGCAGCACUCCACCCGGCUCCCUAUCAGGGGGGACUUUUGGGUUGUCGCUGCCGUCCCUGGGCGGCACCCCGCCCUCGCCGCGGCUGGGCCUCCCACCGCCGCACUCCCUGUGCUUCUCCAUGCCGCUGCUGGGGGGCGCUCAUCACGAACUGUCGUCCUCUUACGGCUGCGGCUCCUCAGCUUUUGAGCCGUACAUGCGGCUGGACAGGAAGGAGUCCGACCUGGGCGGAAAGAAGACGGUUUCUUAAGUAACGUGUCCGUCUCUGCGGACGCCAGGGGGCCGGGACUUGUCUCCGUGAGAGCUUUCCUCCUGGGCCCCUCCCCCUGCGGCCCGUUGGACACUGAAUGGCCGCAGACGGGGGAAAAGAAAUCCCCCUGGAUCACCAGAGAUGUGGAAAAAGAGGAAGAGACCAGGUUGCUUUUCCUCGCGGCACCAUUUUGUGUCCACAGCACUCGUUUGGCACACCGACACAAAAUGGUGAAAAGGACGCGAUGUGACGGAGACUCUCCCACAUGAAAAAAAAAAGAAGAAAAAAACUUGUGUGUGUGUUGCGUGACCGCUGACAGAUGUUUUUAUCACCGCUCUCUUCAAAGUGGUUUUAAAUGACUUCCAGUGGGUUUUAUUUUUGUGUCCAGUGAGUUUGUGAGUGUGGUUCGUUUCUCUCUUUACAGGCCUUCAUCUACUGUUCAGGAAAAAAAAAGAUGACUUGACACGGACAGCUCGGAUCGAAUCGGAAUCUGAACGAGAAGAGCGGCUUGUUCACGCUUCUCUUCAAGUGGCCAUGGUUGAUUUUGAGUUGAUGUGCUGAUCACAAAAUGGAAGAAACACUGAAAAAAAAAGGAAAUGACAAAAAAAAGAAGAAAAGAAUCGUAGCAUUUUAAUAUCAGUCUGUUUGGUGUCCAGCGGUAGUUUUUGUAAAUUCUUGAUUUGGUUGUGUUUGUUUAUGUGGUAGGAUCUGGACAAACGAUAAAGAAUCACAUAUCUAGAUCUGAUUUAAUAUAAAAGAACACGAGGAAGAGGAGGAGGAAGGAAGCUUCGGAGCGUUUCGUGUCCUCCAGUCAGUCGAGGUCGGAGACGUUCAACUUUUUCGUUCGAGUUGUGGUUCGGGGCCGGAGCUGCAAACGAUUGAUCCAUCGAUCGGUCCACAGAAGUAUUCCGUCAUGUUCUCCAGCAGAAAUAUACCAAACGUUCAAUCGUCUCAAAUGUUUUUUCUUCGCCGUCACAUUUUGAACUCG